AUGAACACCAUAUCCAUCGAACUACGCGCCAUUCACGUGGCAGGCUGUCCUUCCAGACCCGAGCUACUGGCCAACGAGGCGUACAUCUUCCCGCGUGAUUUGGCAAGAAUCAUGGUAAUCCAUCGGCCCAGCGGCAUCAAACAGUGGGCGCGGCUUCCGGAGAUGCCGGUCAACGAUCUGAGAUAUCGCCUUGCCGGUCCAGACCAGGAGCUGUACCUGCGUUGGCGGGACAGGCAUGGAAGGGAAGAAGGCUGGAAAAUGCUCAGUGGGCCAAGCGUGUUGCGAGAGAUUGGAGUCGAUUCGCAUGGGAGGAAGUUGGAGAGAGACGCGGAGCGGGCCAUUGUCAUCUGCUCGCGACAGAUGUGA